AUGGAAACGGUAGAGUUUCGUCAGCUGGUAUGCGAUUCGACAAACCGAACUGCAAAGGCUGAUAAAACUUCCUGCUACCUUGUCGUAAAGGAUACAGAAGAUGAAGAACCAGGAAGGAAUGCACCAGUCGGCGAUGGUUGUUUCACUGAAUUUCAUGGUAAGGAAGAAAGAAUUUACUGUGAUCUUGCGUGUCCAGAAGCACACACAGUCUUCCACUCUAAAUCUAUCAGCAACAAAGUUUGCUUCAAGUUUUAUACUUAUCAAAUAGAACGAAGAGGAAAUGAUUGGUACAUGUGGAGAUCGGGCAAAUGUUUGAGCAGUCCACAGAUCUUCGAUUUUGGUUGUAAAUUUGAUAGACCAUUCAAGGAACAGUUCGCCGAUGACGCUGCUGUAUUCAGGAGUUUACGAGCCCGUAAAGCAUAA